AUGGCCACAACCAGUCAGGAUGACUCAACAUGGAACGGUAUUUUGGUUGAUGAAGUGGAAUUGGCACGUGCUGCCGAACACAAUCCUCAUGCGAGGUCAAGACUGCAUUUGCAAAAUAAUAAUGAACGAAUCAGGAGAGGUGUUGACGUGCAGAUGAGAGAUGAAGAGCCGGAAAAUGCGAGGCAGCCAGAUGUCGAGGAUUCGGCAGAUGAGAAUUCACGAGUUUGGAAUUCGUUGUUGGUUGAUGAAAUCGACAUUAAGCACGCACUCCAACGAAGUGCCAGUCUAUCAGCUAACGACGAUCGCGUGAAUAAUAAUUAUCGCCACUACUUAAACAGUAAUUUGAAUUAU